AUGAUCAUGCAUACAAUGGGCUCCGGACAAGGUGAGUUGCUUUGGGUGUUCCUGCCAAUAUGUCCCAGUUGCGAACGCAGGGUGAAACAACUUGUACAACUAAAUUUUGCUGUAUCCAAAGGGUUGGAGUUGAGCAAGGAGACAAACUGGAGGGGACAAAGGGGCAAAACGGGACUUAAUGGCCACUUGUCUCGUCAAGGUCCGAUGAGCCCGAGGCAAGCGAUCGUCGACAGGCGACGAGAAGACGAUGUUCGAGUCCCAAAAAGACACUGA